ACAUCUUAUUUAGUUGUUCUUAGUAAAUUACUUAAUUUGUAUGGUCAAACUGUGCUAUAAAAUAGUUUAAUAAUUGCUACUAAAUACUAUUUGUUUUUCCUCUUAGGGCGCUAAUGCCUCAGCCUUAGAGAAAGAAAUUGGUCCAGAACAAUUCCCAGUCAAUGAACAUUAUUUUGGUUUAGUAAAUUUUGGAAAUACAUGCUACUGUAAUUCAGUUCUUCAGGCACUUUAUUUUUGUCGACCAUUUCGAGAGAAAGUCUUGGCAUACAAGAGUCAGCCCAGAAAAAAAGAGAGUCUUCUCACCUGCUUAGCUGAUCUCUUCCACAGUAUAGCCACCCAGAAGAAGAAAGUUGGAGUGAUACCUCCUAAAAAGUUCAUAACAAGACUACGAAAAGAGAAUGAGCUUUUCGACAAUUACAUGCAGCAAGAUGCACAUGAGUUUUUGAACUAUCUGCUGAAUACAGUGGCAGAUAUUUUGCAAGAGGAGAGGAAACAGGAGAAACAGAAUGGCCGUUUACCUAAUGGCAACAUUGACAGCGAAAACAAUAAUUCCCCAGAUCCAACAUGGGUUCAUGAAAUCUUCCAAGGAACAUUAACCAAUGAAACAAGGUGUCUCACCUGUGAAACUAUAAGCAACAAAGAUGAAGAUUUUUUAGAUCUUUCUGUUGAUGUGGAACAAAAUACUUCAAUCACACAUUGUUUAAGGGGUUUCAGCAACACAGAAACCUUGUGCAGUGAAUAUAAAUAUUACUGUGAAGAGUGUCGCAGUAAACAGGAAGCACACAAAAG